UCGGACACUGUAUGUGGCUUGAGGGCGGGUGGGGGCGGAUAAGGAGCAUAACCACUUGCCACACUGGCCUUUCGUCACAGGGGUCGGUGCUGGUAGUGGAAAUUGCCUCCACGGAGCCAGGUUGCGUAACCUCCAGCAUGACUCAGCUGGAAUGCCCCACGGAACAGGCCCCCUCAAGUGGAGGGGACAGUUCAGAACUGUGCAGACGAGCACCAAGGUAAUUUGGGAGCCCCCCACCCCCUGCUGCUGCAAGGUAAGCACUACCCCCCUACACACACACACCCCAUGCCAUGCACAAUAUUUUAUACACCACAAUUGUACGCACAGAAUUUCCACACCACAAUAUGCUCGAAAGGCAAAUGCGCAGCCCACUGACCUGCAGAUGCCGCCUUUUGCCUUGAGACUAUAUUGGGUGGGCUGCAGGUGGCGACUGCACUCGGACGCUGCCCUCACCACAGCCAGUUUGGCCGCCCAGCAGAGUGUGGGCCAGCAUCGUGGCACAACCACCACACCACCCAGGACAGACUGGUGAGCACUGGGGGGCCCCAGGGGGUGUGGAGGCCCUGGAUGUCCUCCUGCAAGUCCAGGGGGAAGAGCGCCUCUGCUGCUGUGCGCGCACAACGUGUGAACGGAGCUUCUGUGGGUCCGAUGCUGGAGCGGAUCCCUCCAGUCUAUCUGGGUGGAUGCUCCCCCCCCCCGGGGGAAAGGGAGUGCCCGGUUAAAAUGUCUAUGAUAAAACUCAGGAUCCUUUUCAUGGGGUGACAGCCUCAUUGUCCACCCUCCCUCCCUGACAGAGAGAGGGUUGCAGUCAUGGAAGUAUUCCAAAGGACGGACAAGAACUGGUCCAGCAGGCAUCUGUGUGAGUGAGGCACCGUUUCCCUGGCUGGGGAAAUCGGGGGUGGUGCUGGAGCAAGGCUGGAUCUGCCCCCCCCCGGCAAAGAAGUGACGCUGGGUCUCGCCCCCUGGCCCGACUUCCACCCCACCGGGGUCCUUGCUGCAGAAGACCUGUAAGGCCGGGUGAAAGCUAAGGCUCCUCUUGCUCCUGAGCAAAUGAUAUCACACGCUCCCCAUGCAUGACUGCAAAGACGAAGCUGCCACCCAGCAGCCAGGAAGGGGGAUUUGUCCCACCUUGUUCACUACCACCCCAAGGGUUCUCCGCCCAACUCCCGAUGGUGGCCGCGGGGGCACACCCACCCAGACAUCUUCCUCUCGGCAGACCUUCAAGCCAAUGGGCAACCCUUGACAUUUCCCACCUCCUCUUUCUCCCCCCCCCGCCCCCGUUAAAAUCACACCCGGAGUCUUCCCUCUUUCAGAUCCCUCUCCCUUCCUUUCAGGGCAUUUCCAGGGUGCUUACACCCUAGAACAGCAGUGAUCGUUUUCAAUGCGUUUUCAAUACAAUCCUGCUAAGCCGAAGGAUUUUACUGCUGUUCUAGAGUGCAAUCUGGAAAGCGCCCGGCUUGGCAGGAUCGUAUUGAAAACGAUCCCCAGAAUCCCAAACUCCUGCAAGGGGAAAAUGCAGCUAUUUUUCUGCAAGGGACUUGCAACUGCAAAGAUCAAAUCCAAAGUAAGGCAUCAGCAAUGUGAGCGGCACCUUGCUGUCAGUUCAGGGACUGUGGCAGAGCCGUAGUGACCCUGUGGGAAGGUUUAGUCUGGAAAGUGCCCCCUCACAUGGCCAUUUAUCCUAACAGGAACACAAAUCACGAGAGAUUUUUUCGGGAUGUCUAGAGAUGAUGUCAAAGGAUGUUGUGCUAUUUCUGAGCGUAGUUUGCUGACAAUCUGAAAAAUCCCCCCAAAACCUGAACCUGUUAAAUACGACUUUUAAAACAGUAUUUAAAAGGGACAGUUUUUUCACGGGUUGUCAGCAAAUGGCCAGCACAGAGAGAGAGAGAGAGCAUGACAACCUUUGAUGUAAUCUGGUGAAACCUCAAGUCAGAAUAGAAUUGGACAAAAUCCUCAGCGUGAGGCCCCUGCACCGUCCUCCUCCUGCAGACCAGGGGGUGGGGCGGGGGCGUACUUGUGUUUGUGUGAAUGUCUGUGCCUGUCUGCAUCAUCUCCAGAGGGAAGCCGGGUGCAGGGCCGGGCUGGGCAGGCAAGCCCCCCCCCUUGGGCAGCUGAUGUGAUUGUUGUGACCCCACUUUGAGACCCAGGAUGGCUGGGAAAGGGCCCCUCCGCCGUUGCUGGUCCAACUUCUGGGACUUUUCUGGCCUCACCAGAAGGCUUGCUUCUCCCCCCUCCCAGGGCACCAACGUCAUACCUUUCCUCCACUCCGUCCACAACGAUGCCACCCAGUUCAAAGAGCCAGAAAAGUUUGACCCCAGCCGCUUCCUGAGUGAGAAGGGCAGCUUCCGCCGGCAGGAGGCCUUCAUGCCCUUCUCCACCAGGAAGCGCUCCUGCCUGGGAGAGGCCUUGGCUCGCAUGGAGAUCUUCCUCUUCUUGACCACGCUUCUGCAACGCUUCACGUUCCAGCCCACCUGUCCCCGGGAGGAGCUGGACCUCUCGCCCUUGAGCAGUGGCAUCGGGAAUGUGCCUCGGCCCUACCGAUUCCACACCACUCCUCGGUGAGAUGCAGCAGCAGCGCCUAAGGCCACCCCCUUUGUACCCCCCCCACACUCUGCCAUGGGACUUCCUCUGCCACUUCCCACCAGGCUGCAAAGACUCAUCCCUCGCAGCUGUCCGAGACUGAGAGAAGGGCAGUUCAGAUGGGGGGGGGACUGCGGUUGUAGGAGGUGGUGGGAUGAGGCAACAGUAGGGGGUGCCCCCUCCCCAUUCAUAGCCCCCUCCUUUGAAGACAUUAGAGCACACCAUUUGCAUGCGGAAGGUCUUGGGUUCAGUCCCAGGUAAUCUCUCCAGGCCGGCAGGGCGGGAAUGGAAAGGCCCUCCCCUGAAUGGACAACUGGUCUGGCUUGGGAAGAGGUGGCGGCUGUUGGCCCACCCUGGUGGGCAGCAGCUUGGCGUGAAGUUGGCUGCCUGGCAGGCCGCUUGCUCACGGCGCCACUUUCCUUCCCCGCUUGAGCCUCCUCUGCAAGGAACUCAACUCGCCAGCGCCAGCCUCUUGGAGCUCAUCCACCUGCAUGUAACCGGAUUAAAGAGAUCUGGUUUGGAUGGGCAAAUAUUUUCUUGCUUGCUGCAAAACCUGAGAAUACUGAGAGUGACCUUGAGACGUCCUCUGUUCUAUCCCUUUCAGGCAAAACUAGAGAUGGGCUGGGAAUGGGUUGCUUUUGGGUGGAACAACGCCAGAUGGUCCAAAAGAAACCCCAGGUCCUGUGCGGGAAAUAAAGAAGUGCUGCAAACAGUCCCCUGCAUGUGUGUGAAUUCAGCUCAUGGGCUUUCUUAUGUGAUGCUGACCUUGGGGGUCCCGCCGAGCCUGGAGCUAAAGGCCUUUGGAGCUCCCCCCCUCCCCUGCAAAUGAAGCAUUAUUGUGCUUGGCUGGGCAACCACACCACCUGGGACAGACUAAAGAGGAUUUGGAGGCUCCCCCUCCCACAGCCCUGCUGCUGGGCCUGGCUGGGGCUCAUCUUGCUAGAGCAAGCAGAGGAGCACCCCACGCCCGGCCACUGCCUUGGCAGCCUCAGGGGCUCUGCCCUCCUUGCCAGGGGACAGGCGAGAGGAGGGUGCCGCUCCUGUGAAUGACUUCGGGGUGGGAGCAACCUGAGCUAGCCCAGAGCUGCAGGGGUGGGAACUGGUGGCCCAAAUGGAGAGGAGAGCUGCUCGGAUGGUAGCAAGCCUGACUUGUCCUAAGCAGGGAUGGGGCCACUCUGGGAAGAGCAUCGAGGUUCCCAGUUCCCUCCUCCCUGGCAGCAUCUCCAAGAUCGAGCUGAGAGAGAUUCCUGCCUGCAACCUGGGAG